CCAAUCUUUCCUUUUAGUCUUUUAGCUUCUUAAAGUAGAUUUCCAGAUUUUGUGUGUUUAUUUGUUCAGAUACGAAUAUACAUCUAUAUCUAUAUAUCUAUCUAUCUAUAUAUAUAUAUAGACACAUAGAGAGACAGUGUGUGCUUGUGUGUCUUCGUCAGAUCAAAAACACGUUCUACUAUUUUUUUGAACACUUGGGGGAGAGAAAUUUUCUGGCAAUGGCGGCAAUUGCCGGCGAGUACUUGCGACCGGAAGCGAGAGAACUGCACGUGCUUGCCGUCGACGACAGUCACGUUGAUCGGAAGGUGAUCGAGCGGUUGCUCAAGAUCUCGUGUUGUAAAGUUACGGCCGUGGAGAGUGGAAGCAGAGCUCUGCAAUAUCUAGGUUUGGAUGGGGAGGAGAAGAGAUCGGUUGAAUUCGAUGCUUUGAAGGUGAAUCUAGUAAUCACGGAUUAUUCUAUGCCUGGAAUGAAUGGAUAUGAGCUGCUUAAGAAGAUCAAGGAAUCGUCGACUUUGAAGGAAAUACCUGUUGUGAUCAUGUCAUCGGAAAACAUCGUCACUCGCAUUGAUAGGUGUUUGGAGGAAGGGGCAGAGGAAUAUCUUGUGAAGCCGGUAAAGCUGUCGGAUGUGAAACGCCUGAAAGAUUUUUUGUUGAGAGGGGAAGAAGAAAAUGGGGAGAGAGUAACCACCCACAAGAGAAAACUACUAGAUGAUUAUGUGCCAUCAUCACCAUCGUCGCGUGCUUCUUCUGAUCAAUCUUCAUCCCGGCCACCAUUGCCAUCAUCGUCGUCACCAUCAUCGCGUGCUUCUUCUGAACAAUCUUCAUCCUCACCACCAUUGCCAUCACCUUCUCCAUCAAAGCGGCGCAGAUUGCAUAACAUAGAUUGACCUCGUGCCAUUCCGAUUUUGAGAAGCAUAUUUUAUCGGCCUUGGCCCAUACUACCACAGCAUUCCCCGUGGAGGGGAUGAUUCUUUUUGUUUUGUUUUGUUUUGUUUUGCGAGUAUACCCUUACAGUUGUAUAUGCUAACCCGAAGACGAUACCAUUUUGACACUCCCUGGUAGGGGAGAAUUAGGAAAGAUGAGUGGGAAAAGUUGGGAGAUGAUUUUAGUUUCUGCUUUCUUGUUCAUAAGUAGGAAUUCAGAUUAUAUUGAACUCAGUAAAAUUCCCAAAGGCUUUUGAAAUGUUUGUGCCUUUAAAUUUCAUUU